AUUAAAAAUGGCCGACUAUGUCAAUAAAUAAAUUUCAUCAUUUGUACGUAUAAUAAUAAUAUAAAUUGUUAUUCUUAUUUAUUUAUUUGAUAUAAAAGUAUAUAUAUAUUAUAAUUAUGAGUAAAAAGAGGCAUGGAUUAUCGAAAGAAGAAAUUGCUAAGCAAUUUAUGUUACCAGAAAGAAAAAGUAAAAUAGCAACGUUAUUAAAACAAGAUGGGCAAGCUUAUUGUAUUUGCCGUAGCUCAGAUAGUUCACGAUUUAUGAUUGGUUGUGAUGCUUGUGAAGAAUGGUAUCAUGGAGAUUGUAUUAAUAUAACGGAGAAAGAUGCCAAAUAUAUAAAACAAUUUUUUUGUGUUCGAUGCAGAGAAGAGGAUUCAACAUUAAUAACAAGAUACAAGCCUCGUAAAACAGAUCAAGAAGAUCGUAGAUUUAAAAAAUAUCGUGAUAAAGAUGGUCGAAGUGGUAAUAGUGGUGGUGGUGCUGUUGCUGCUGCUAGUACUGGUCCUGGUGGUGGUGGUGGUGGUGCUGCUGCUGCUGGUGGUCGUCGUUAUGAGUAUGAUGAUCCGUGGGUUGGAGAUUCAUUGAUAGUUAAAAAAUCAUCACAAUCGUCAAAACGUUGUGGUGAAUGUAAUGGUUGUUUGAGAAAUGAAAAUUGUGGUAAAUGUGAUCCCUGCAGGCAUCUUAAAAAAUAUGGACCAUCGGUAAGACUUAAAUUACGUUGUAUACAGCGUACAUGCCGAUCUAUUGGAGCAAUACCAUUAAAACCUUCAAAAAGUUUAGAUAAAAAUAGAUUUGAUAAACCAAUUAAAAAACGUAAACGAGAUUCAAGUAAUGAAAGAACAGAACAGUUGUUGUAUAAUUUUUUAGAUACUCCAAGACAAUGUUAUGGCCCAACAUGUAUAAGACAAUCACGAGUUGGUAGUAAAUAUUGUUCAGAUGAAUGUGGAUUAAAACUUGCAACUAAUAGAAUAUAUCAGGUAUUACCACAAAGAAUUCAAGAAUGGUCAUUAACAUCUUGUGUCGCUGAACAAAAUAAUCAACAUGCAUUAGAAUCUGUAAGAAAACAACAGCAAGAUGUUAAAAUUAUUUUACAAGAAUUAGAUAAACGUCAUGCUGAAUUAGAUCGUAUUGUUGAGAGAGCUAAAAAUGCAACUAUUGAUCCUAAUUAUGAAAUAGAUGAUAAUGAUGAUACUGAAAUGAGUAUGUAUUGUAUAACUUGUGGGCAUGAAAUACAUUCACGUACUGCCAUCAAACAUAUGGAAAAAUGUUUCAAUAAGUAUGAAUCUCAAGCGUCGUUUGGUUCGAUUUUUAAAACUCGUAUUGAGGGUCAAGUUAUGUUUUGUGAUUUUUUUAAUCCCAUAAAUCGUACCUACUGUAAACGUUUACGUGUUCUUUGUCCUGAACAUUGUAAAGAUCCAAAAAUAAAUGAUACUCAAGUAUGUGGUUGUCCAUUAGUAACAAAUGUAUUUGAUAUGACGGGUGAAUUUUGUCGAGCACCGAAAAAAAGUUGUGUUAAACAUUAUGUAUGGGAAAAAUUACGUAGAGCUGAAAUAGAUAUGGAACGUGUUAGACAAUGGUUAAAAAUUGAUGAAUUAGUUGAACAAGAACGUCAAAUUCGUUCAAAUAUGGCAACACGUGCUGGUGUAUUGGCAUUGAUGCUACAUUCAACUUAUAAUCAUGAAUUAAUGGAACAAAUGACUCAAGAGCAAAAUCGCGAGCAAUUAAAAGCAAUGGAAGAAGAACUCGAAAGAAGAUAUAGUCAAUUUCAUCAACGCAAACUUAAAACUAAUGACUAAUUAAUUAUUUUAUUUCAUUUAUAAUUUUUUUUUUCUCUAACGUCAUAUUGAUAAGCUAACUUAUCUUUAUUAACAAUUAUAAUAAUAUAAAAAUUACAACA